AAUAGACAGAAUCCCGUGGUUUGUCUGUUCCCUUGGUCCGGGGAAGAUUGGAGGAAGUCACAAACUGACUUUACAGAUCUACAAGUUUCGUGUGAAUUUUGUGUUGCAGGUUAUAUUCUCUCUUUUGGGUGUGUUUCCUCUUCUCAAAUAGGGUUGUUUGUUGCUUUACUUCACAAUUGCUUAUAUGAUCUUUUUUUAGGUCGAGAUGCCCAUGUUGGAUUUGCCGUAAAAAAUAAUGGAAUCCCAGCAAUUCAGAAAUCAAGUUUCCUUGAGGCGAUUCUGGAGGUUUAGUGUCGGGCCACUUUUUGUGAUGCUCUGCUUCGACUUCUUAAGCAAUCCUUCCAGCAAUGACAAACAUGAAUGUUUAGGAAAUUUGCGAAACUAGAACCCAAAUCUAGGUUCUUGAAGGAGUAGUCGUAUGUAUUGUCCACCAC